AUUAUUCAGUCGGUUGAUACAAAAAUAAUUAAUUUAAAAAAACAUAUUAUAUAUAUAUAUGUAUAAUUGACCGGCAAUUGCUGCCGAAUGCUAUGCAUUCGAGCAAAGUACAGUAAACUGUUUAAUAUGUAAUAUUCAAACGUUAUUUGGCUCAUGGCCAUUAGCUGUUGUCAGACUGUGUAUUUUUAUAUUAUCGCACUAAAUUGCUGAUGCCGAUGAAUUUUGACACAACGCAUGAGACUUGUUGAGAACCAUCCGUCUAGUGUUUGUGAUUGUGUAUCGUGACCCACCACAACCACCACCACCAGCGCAGGCCGUUGUCUGUGUGAGUAUAUUCUUUCUUUUUAAAAACGGUGUUGUAAGAUAAAAUAUUCAAUGCCAAUGAUGUCAUAGCCGGUUUAUGCUGAUAUUAUCGAAAUAAUUAUUGACAGUGUAUGAAGAGUCCGAUACGAAGAGUGGAAACACUUGAAACAAUGUCAGACACUCCCGAAGUAAUGCCGUCGACGCCGAAAGCCAAGCCGGUAGAACUGCCGAAAUUAGAUGAAGACAGUCAAGAAUUACAAAAACCCAGUAUGUUGAGCACUAUAUCGAACGCGGCCAUCACUUUCGCUAGUACGGCCAUAGUGUAUGCGUUAGGUUAUUGGCGUAUAGCCGCAGUCAGUACGUGGGUAUUAAUACCAAUAAUGACCUGCGUGUCUAUGGCACGUGACCGUUGGCGUGAAGCCGGCCGAGAAAGAAGAAGACGUGCACAAAUAGUGGCAUCGGCAAAUGAAAAAACAUUGAUUACAGCGAGUGUGGCCGAAUUACCGUCAUGGGUGUUUUUCCCGGAUAUGCAUCGAGCUGAAUGGGUGAAUCAGAUCAUCAGACAAAUGUGGCCGUUAGUCAGUGCGUUUGCUCAAAACGCUAUCAAACAAACUGUCGAGCCGAUGGUCGUGGAAAGUUUGCGCGAAUAUAAAAUCAAUAACUUUGCUUUUGACAAAUUACGUCUUGGAUCCAUACCGCCAAAACUCGGUGGUAUAAAAGUUUACGAAGGGGUAUCUCGUGACCAAAUUAUGAUGGACGUUGAUCUUAUAUUUGCUAGUGAUUGUGACAUAUCAUUUUAUGUGAGUGGAGUUCCGUGUGGGAUUAAAGACUUCCAGAUGCGAGGUAUAAUGAGAGUAAUAAUGAAACCGCUGAUCGCUACUUCACCGUUAAUCGGAGGAAUGCAAGUAUUUUUCCUUAACCAACCCAACAUCGAUUACGAUUUAGUUGGAAUAGCCGAUGUGUUGGAUAUGCCUGGUCUAAAUGAUGUGUUACGUAAAGUCAUCACCCAACAAGUAUCUGCCUUAAUGGUGUUGCCGAAUAAGAUACCGAUAGUGCUAAGCAAUGAUAUAGCACCACAGCUAGUAAAAUUACCCGAACCAGAGGGUGUAUUACGUGUUCAUAUCGUUCAAGCUAAGAACCUAGUCGCCAAAGAUAUGAGCUUGAUAGGAAAAGGUAAAUCUGACCCGUACGUUGUUAUUACUUUGGGCGCGCAACAAUAUCGUACUCGGACCGUGAAGAACGAAUUGAAUCCUAAAUGGGACUAUUGGUGCGAGUUUGUGUCGUUCUCUCCUCGAGGACAACUGCUUAAGCUCAAGCUUUUUGACGAAGACGAAGUGAUGAAACAUUCAAACUUGGGAAAAGCAUCAUUACAAGUGUGCAGUGCCGCUAUACAUGGUGAAGUUGAUAAGUGGAUUAAUUUGGAAGACACCAAACACGGAAUGGUACACGUGCGUUUGCAAUGGCUAGAACUGACUUCUGACAAAAAUGCAUUGAAGAAGGCACUGAGCGAAACGCAAGAGCUACGAAUAACGAACAUGAGUACGGCUGUAGUAAUGUUGUACAUCGAUUCGGCCACAAACUUGCCCAACACACGGGCACAGAGCAAGCCCGAUCCGUUAGUGAGGAUUACUGUCGGCCAAGACACUCAAUCCACCGUAGCAAAGUUGCGUACAGAGCGGCCUGUGUACGAACAAGGUUUUACGUUUUUGGUGAGCAAUCCAGAAACGGACACAAUCGAUUUUAAGAUAAUUGACCAAAAGACUGGAGUUCAAAUAGGAAUUUAUGAAUACAAAAUGAUGAGACUACUAAUGGCUGACAAUAUGGAACAGGAGAUACAACCUUUCGAUUUAAUAACCGAUAGUAAACAUAAGCACCACGACUGUAAACUCGUGUUUUGUGCUCAACUCAAAUUCCUUAAUAAAAUGCCUCCCGUCAAAUUUGAUGAUGGCGAUGAAGAAGGCAUAACUAAGCCAUUGUUAAGCAAACAGGUGUCAUCACAGUCGUCCAGCUUCUCCGUGAUAAGUAGUACUGGAAGUACUGAAAAUUUAUCGUCCACUGUUAACCCUGCAGUUGUAUCUUCGAACGGCACAUUAAACAGAACUUCAUCGACCAUAAAACGAGGAGAUUCGGUUAAAUCUCGUAUUUCCGCCGGUGAAGGAGAUCUAGAACCGUUAAUCGAGCAAGUCGAUUCUCCAGUCGUAAUGUCUGAGCUAUACGGUCUCCCGCCCAGCUCUGGACCUUUGGGUAGUAUCCAGCUAAGUUUUGCUUAUAGUGCCACUAGACAACGUCUCAAUGUAACAGUUCACAAAAUCAUAAAUCUACCAGUUAAAGAACCAUCAGAUAUUCCCGAUCCUUACGUCAAACUUUACAUAUUGCCGAAAAAAGACAACGCCAAUACCAAACGCAAAACCGAGGCGCUCAAAGAUCAGUGCAAUCCUGUUUUCGACGAAACAUUUGAAUACCUGAUGGGAGUGGCCGAUAUAAACAGUAGGCAAUUGGAGGUUACCGUUUUGACUAAAAAGACUUGGCAUAGUCCGGUGUUGGGUCAAAUCGUGUUGAACUUGAGCGAUUACGUCAACAAAAACACGACUAAUUUCACGGGCUGGUUUGAUUUACAAGCUGCAAUCAAAGAGAACGCUGCUGCUUAAAGUUUUAAAAAUAAAACUCUAUUUUUAUAAUAACUUAACGCCGUUUGUUUUAUGAUAAUCUCAGCUUUGUAUUAAUAUUUGUUUUAUAAUAAGAAUCACUAUUGCUAAGUCGCAUUUGUUGCUAUUUUUUUUUUAAUAACACAUUGUUUAUCUAUGUUAAUAUUAUUGUUCCUUUGUGGUAAACAAAUUUUAACUCAUUUUUGCCAUCGCAAAUAUUAUUUAUUUUUGUGAAACGAUUCCGUCAGACCAAUGUGAUAAUGCGGCAUAAUGAAGUCUUUAAUUUUUCUUUACAAUAAUUGUUGUUGCUUUUUAGUAAUUUUAAUAAUGUUUUGAUAACUAGUUUACAAUUAUUAUUUAUAUUGCAUAUUUUAUAAUAUAGUGUUUAUUUUAUUGUUACAUAAUAUACUUGAAUAAACCUUUUUAGUC